AUGGUUUCCAGGAAACCUGCCAAGGCUGCGGCGUUAGCCGGCAUCAUCACGGCCGGUCUCGUGUCCGCUGACGUUCCCAUCGCCGUGUAUCACGACGCUACCUACUCGCUCUCGGAGUCUUGUGGCAUUCCGUGCUCAGGUGUCGGAGCCGAACCUGUAGGCACCGCCUGCCCCAAGGCCGUCGAGGCUGAGACCAUCGCGGCGUAUAACGGGGAAAGCUCUGGCUGGGGGACCGGUCAUGACGAAGUCGUCCAAGUUGGAGAUGAGGAGGAGGAAAUCCCAGCUAGAGUCAACUACGACACGACCGUCGAUACGCCAAUCGGUGUCAACUGUGAAGUUGCAACGGAGACAGCGACUCAAGGUCACGCAACGGAAGGUGGUAAGUACUAUGAUACUCCGUCUACUGGCACGCAAACUGGCGACUAUGGAAACACCAUCCACUAUGGCUCAACAACCACGGAGGGCGUGACCAAGGGUGGCUACGGCCCUACCGAUGCGAAGGUGAUCGAUGGCGAGACAUAUCUUGACUACCCAACCGGCAUCACGGAGAUUAUUGAGGAUGGAACAACCCCCGGUGGCUAUGGCACGACCACGGACGGCGGUACUACUACCGGAGGGUACACGACUGUCGACAAUACCCACGAGACCACGGAAGGUGCUGGAGGCUACGAUGCCGGCACACGUGAAGAGUAUUCUACUACGCCGACGGUAGACUAUUCUACCGAAGAAACGGAAGGCCAGCACGUGACUGGAGGUUAUGAGCCUAGCGACGAGACAGAGGCACCCACCGAAGGUACAACUUACGUUCCUAGGGAGGAAACAACUGCUGCACCCAGCGAGGACACAACCUAUGCUCCCCGUGAGGUGACACCUUAUGCGCCUACAGAGAAACCUUACGAUGUGGAGGAGACAACGUAUGUCACGGAAGAAUCUACUUACGCUCCGACCAAGAGUGAAACCAACGCUCCCACAGAGAGAAUGCAUUAUGCACAUAUCGAGAAACCUUGCGAUACUGAGGUGACUAUGUACGCACCCACCGAGGAAACAACGUACGCGCCGACCGAAGAGACCACGUACGCGCCGACGGAGGAGACCACGUAUGCACCAACCGAAGAGACCCCGUAUGAGCCGACCGAAGAGACGACGUACACCCCGACCGAGGAAACUACUUACGCCCCUACCGAGGAAACAACGUACGCGCCGACCGAAAAGACCACGUACGCGCCGACGGAGGAGACCACGUAUGCACCAGCCGAAGAGACCCCGUAUGAGCCGACCGAAGAGACGACGUACGCCCCGACCGAGGAAACUACUUACGCCCCGACCGAGGAAACAAUGUACGCGCCGAUCGAAGAGACCACGUACGCGCCGACGGAGGAGACCACGUAUGCACCAGCCGAAGAGACCCCGUAUGAGCCGACCGAAGAGACGACGUACGCCCCGACCGAGGAAACAACGUACGCGCCGACCGAAGAGACCACGUACGCGCCGACGGAGGAGACCACGUAUGCACCAACCGAAGAGACCCCGUAUGAGCCGACCGAAGAGACGACGUACGCCCCGACCAAGGAAACUACUUACGCCCCGACCGAGGAAACAACGUACGCGUCGACCGAAGAGACCACGUACGCGCCGACGGAGGAGACCACGUAUGCACCAGCCGAAGAGACCCCGUAUGAGCCGACCGAAGAGACGACGUACGCCCCGACCGAGGAAACUACUUACGCCCCGACCGAGGAAACUACUUACGCCCCGACCGAGGAAACAAUGUACGCGCCGAUCGACGAGACUACGUACGGGCCGACGGAGGAGACCACGUACGCGCCGACCGAAGCAACCACGUACGCCCCAACCGAAGAGACCCCAUACGCCCCUACCGAGGAAACAACGUAUGAGCCGACCGGAGAGACGACGUACGCCCCUACCGAGGAAACAACGUACGCGCCGACCGAGGAAACAACGUACGCGCCGAUGGAGGAGACCCCAUAUGAGCCAGCCGAAGAGUCGACUUCAACUGUGUCGACUGAAAAACCCUGUAAUACGGAGGAAUUCACUGAUGAGCCUACUGAUGAGCCAACUGAUGAGCCUUCCGAUGAGCCGACUGAUGAGCCCACGACGAGCCGACUGAUCUCCCAACCGAUGAGCCCUCCACACCCUGUGACAACCAAGGUAUUAAUGGCAUUGGAGUGGAGAACAAAGUGCGCUACAACAAUGCUGGUAUCUACAAUACGACGCCAGGACCUCGUAAUUCUCAAUCCUGGCACUCGUGCUGCCGCUCGUGCUACAACGACCCCAUCUGCCAUGCCUUCAGCUUCCACCAAACAUCUUCAGACUCUGUAUGCGAGUUGA